AUGCUCAUUUACGUCGGUAACAUCAACUACUCUCCUUAUGCCUCCGACGAGGUGUUCACCGUCGUCUUCAGAGAUAACAUCCAGACCGAAGAUAAGGUCUCUGUCAUCUUUCAAUGGACUAAAGAUAGCUCCGGACGACAGAAGGCAAAUUCUAUUGCUCACGGCACUAUCAAUAAGGUGUCUAUUAAUGGUUCUGGGGAGAAAGAAAUCGAAUUGUUCUUUAAUCAGAAGGAUAAGACGUACUAUUGGUAUAAGGGAAAGGUGUCUGGUGACAAAAUGACACUGGCUAUGUGGAAUAAAGGGGGAGAGGAGGUUGCGAAGAACAUUCAGCUGCAACUUGAUUUUAUCUGA